AUAUUUUUGUCAGUGAUUGAUGAACUUAAGCAACGAGUCUUUCAGGUUAUGGCAGCCAGGAGUCCAAGCAUUUGGCUUCAAAAAGCUCUUUACAGAAAAUAUUUAAGGUACUUUUCUUAUUUUUGUACAUGAUAGAUUGCAUUGACAUUACAAUUUUGGUUUUGAUUGUUAUGUUAGUUCAAAUGUGCAAUGCCCCCGAACUGUUCCUGCCAAAUCUUCAAAGUCUAAGUGUCAAGAUUGGCUAUGAUUUCAUCAAUUUCACAAAAGAUGGGUGAAGCCAAAGUGAAAGCUAGAUGUGUUCCUAAGCAGAGUGCAACUACCCCAAAUGUGAAGGCAGCAAAGCAACUAUCUACCAAGGCCUUGACUACUCCAAGAAACAAAAAGUGCCUCUCACAUCAAGGUACUUUUCGAAGUGUUCGGAACCCCAAACCGGCUACCAUUGAGGUGCCAAAGAAUAGAGUGGUGGCCAAAGCUUUGGUUUUUCACUCUCCAAAGAAGUCAGUGAAGUUGAAGAAGUCUGUAGAAUUAACAAAGAUAUGUGCAGGGAUGAAGAAGCUUGAGAUCACUGAGAAGAGUACAUUGGGGAGUAAUAAGACUUUAGAUGCUUCAAGGAAACAGUUAAGAGGAAGAGAGGUUAAAAGCCGGGUAUAUGAUUCUUUGCUUUCUCAGAAUCAGAAGAAGCAGGAAGCUAAAUCUUUAAAUUGUUUGAAGAAAAAGAACAAGGGAACAGACUUGCAGUUGUCCAAGGGACCUAUGUCUCAUGAACCGAAAGAAAAGGACUCAACUGAGAAGAAGAUUGAGGCAGAGGAUGGCUCUUUGGAAGUUUGCUCAACUGAGAGGUUGGAGCAAGCAAUAGACGAGAAAGUCAAAUUUUCAUCUCCCUUAAGGAGUAACAUGACCUCCAUUUCAAACUCUGAAGGGAAGAAUGCUGGAGGUGCUGAUGUUCCCAAAUCCCAAAAUGGAGGACAGAAUGAAAUUAAUGACAGGGGCAGCCAUGAAGAGAACAUUGAACCAUGUUCUAAGGGCAAGGAAAUCCUUGAAGCCAUGGCGACUGAUGGCAAAGAAAAUGCUUUGGCAUCUCACAUGAAAGUAAGCGAAAGCAAAGUCAUGGAGAUUGACGAUAAGGAAAAUGCAUCAGCUUUUGAUGUAGACAGAAGAUUGAAUUGCACCAUUGGAAAUUUGGUGAGAAAUAAUGUUUUUGGGAAGCAUGGAGCUUCUAAAAGUAUUCAAAAGGUAACUAAAGUAACCAGUAACACGUUGAAAGAAAACUCAUCUGCAGUCAAUGGUGCUCAAGGGAUGAAGUACAGAAAACCUAAGCUCACAAAUCCCAAGCCUUUUCGGCUUAGAACUGAUGAAAGAGGAAUAUUAAAGGAAGAGCAAACCUGGAGAAGAAGCAUCUUCAAGCACCAUUGAAAGAAACAGCAACCUUUCCAGGAUCCCAAAGUGGAAACUCAUGGAGAAAACAUCAGAAUGUACAAGUUAGUGCUUUAAGUUUAGACCUGUUAUUAUAUACAUGGAAUAAAUAAAGCCCUGGACUAAUGGUUUUUUUUUUCCCUGUCUACAGAGAAAUGAAAAGUGCCUUGGACAAUUUGGAACUGUUAAUUGUGCACAUGAAGGCAGUGACAAUGAAUAAGAUGCAAGAACUCCAAAAGAUCAAACAGUAAAUUAAUUUUCUAAGAACUAGAAAAAAGAAAGAGGGAAAAG